GAUUUUGCUACUAUUAACUUUUGAAAAAAAUUGUUUCUUAAAUGUCUACUCUCUUGCCAACGUUAACCUUUCACCUACUCAUUUUGUUUGUUCUGAAGCUUCGUGAACAAACACUUUGACUCUCUGUACAUUAAUAUUUCUAGUGUUUCAGUUCUGUCAAUGUUUCUCUUCCUCAUAUAAUUAAAACACGCACGAUCGUCACCUUUUCCACCGAGAAAUUAAGCAGGGGAAGUUUUCACAGAGACCAUGAUGAUGGAAGAUGAUGAAGUGAUGAGUGAAGUCACUGCUCCACCUCGCCGUGUUCUUCUCAUAUCCGCCGGAGCCAACCACACUGUCGCCCUUCUUAGUGGAAACUUUGUUUGCUCAUGGGGGCGGGGAGAGGAUGGACAGUUAGGCCAUGGCGAUACUGAUGAUCGACUCUUACCUACAAAAGUGAGUGCGUUGGAUGGCCAAGACAUUGUGUCUGUUACUUGUGGAGCUGAUUUUACCGUGGCUCGUUCUGAAUCCAGCGGAGGUUUAUAUAGCUGGGGAUGGGGUGACUUUGGAAGGUUGGGUCAUGGUGAUAAUAUCGACUUGUUCAUUCCUCAUCCCAUUAGAGCAUUACAAGGUCUAACGAUAAAGCAAAUUGCUUGUGGAGACAGUCAUUGUUUGGCAGUUACUAUGGAUAACAAGGUGCUGAGCUGGGGGCGAAAUCAAAAUGGUGAGCUUGGACUUGGUACCACAGACGAUUCUCUUGUGCCACAGAAAAUUGGAACAUUUGAGGGAGUACCUAUCAAAAUGGUUGCUGCUGGUGCUGAACAUAGUGCAGCAAUUACUGAAGACGGGGAUGUGUAUGGAUGGGGUUGGGGACGAUAUGGAAACUUGGGAUUGGGAGACAGAAAUGAUCGCUUGAUUCCUGAGAAAGUGUCUAUUGAUGGUGUCAAGAUAGUUAUAGUUGCUUGUGGCUGGAGGCAUACAGUAUCUGUUUCAUCUUCUGGCAGAUUAUACACAAAUGGAUGGGGCAAAUAUGGCCAGCUUGGACAUGGAGAUUUUGAGGAUCAUCUUGUGCCUCGGAGGGUUCAAGCGUUGAGCGAUAAGUUCAUUUCUCAGGUAUCAGGUGGGUGGAGGCAUAGCAUGGCACUCACAUCUAGUGGACAACUAUUGGGCUGGGGUUGGAAUAAGUUUGGACAGAUUGGAGUUGGUAACAAUGUUGAUUGCUCCUCUCCUGUGGAAGUGAAGUUUCCCUAUGAUCAGAAAGUAGUUCAGAUGUCAUGUGGGUGGAGACACACGAUUGCUGUUUCGGAGCGUGGAAAUGUAUAUUCUUGGGGAAGAGGCGCAAAUGGACAACUUGGGCAUGGAGACACCAUAGACCGGAAUGUUCCAAUGAUUAUUAAGGCCUUCAGUGUUGAUGGAUCUAGUGGGCAGCAUAUAGAAUCUUCAAAUCAUUCUUCAUCAGGGAAAUCCACAGCCUCGCUAUCAGAGAGAUAUGCAGUUGUUCCAAAUGAAUCUGCCUCUGGAUCAUUUGCUACUACUUCAGACAGGGAGGACAAGUUUGAUGUCAGUGUCCCAUAAAGUCAUGUCAACUGAUACCCAAUAAUUAAUCAGUUCAAGAGAAUGGUGUCAAUACCCAGUCUGAAAGACCAAAACACACAAGGAGAUAGGGAUAAGGAGUAUGUGCAUUAGUGAUAAUGCGCUUUAGUGAUAAUGCGUGAGAGGCGGUUAUGUUAGUGUCAUUUAUGAAGUGGGUUUUGCCUCUCCCAACAAAUUAUUUUUUGUAAACAUGGUCAAGGAUCAAACCCUUGUCUAGCUAUCUACCAAGUGUGUCAGGAUUUGUUGGUAGUUAUGAAUUAGUAUGUUGGUUGUAUGAUCUGUGAAAGUUUGGCUUGAGAUAUUCUCUUCAGGCAACAUAUGUAGUUGAAAUUAAUAUCGAUAUUUGUAAUAAAUGUACAGUAUCAUUCAGUAA